AGUUGUUUACUCGCACCGUUUUUAUCGUUGUACCGGUACCUACGUGCAUACAUCGGCAGUAUAUUAUAUUCCUUGGGUUCUGCGAGACGGUAAAACAUGGCCACCCGAUCGGUUUCCAAACUGCUGUUUUCCAAAACUGGGGCGACCCUAUUGGUGAAAAACGCCCGCGGGGCUCAGAACGUGAGACCGUUCUCUAGCCCCGCCAGUGCCCCGAGCACAGCCAACUACGAGUUUAUCAAAGUAAGCAGCGCCGGCUCGAAGGACCAAGUGGGCGUGAUCACCUUGAACCGCCCCAAGGCGUUGAACGCCCUCUGUAACGGUUUGAUGCAGGAGGUGGCGAACGCCCUGGACGUCUUAGAGGCGAACAAGGACAUUGGGGCGAUCGUGAUCACGGGAAGUGAACGCGCGUUCGCCGCGGGGGCGGACAUUAAAGAGAUGCAGAACAACACGUACGCCCAGUGCGUUUCCAGUAACUUUUUGGAGCAUUGGAACCGCGUGUCGAAGGUUGGCAAACCUGUUAUCGCUGCUGUCAACGGAUACGCCUUGGGAGGCGGUUGCGAACUGGCCAUGAUGUGCGACAUCAUCUACGCGGGUGAAAAGGCGAAAUUCGGUCAGCCGGAGAUUCUGAUCGGGACGAUCCCCGGUGCAGGCGGUACCCAAAGGUUGCCGAGGUACGUCGGCAAAUCGAAGGCGAUGGAGAUCGUCCUUACGGGGAACCAGGUGCCGGCACAGGAAGCGGAAAAAAUGGGUCUGGUAUCGAAAGUGUUCCCGGUGGAAACCCUGUUGGAGGAGGCGAUCAAGUUGGGCGAGAAAAUCGCCGCCAACUCUCCGAUAAUCAAUAAAUUGUGCAAAGAGUCGGUUAACGUGGCCUACGAGACGACGCUCACCGAAGGGCUGCACUUCGAGAAGAGAACGUUCCACGGUACGUUCGCCACCAAGGACCGCAAGGAGGGAAUGACCGCUUUCGUGGAGAAACGCGCUCCGAACUUUAUCGGAGAAUAAAAUUAAGGCAUUUACGUUAUUUUUUUUUGUUUGUUUACAAUAUAAGAAGCGUAUUUUGAAA